GGACUCUUCGGGGGGCGUCUAGCGCGCUCUGCAUCAACUGUCCAGCCUGCCGUUGUGUGGCGGGCUUCGCGCGUGCCCAAAAUUUGCUCACAGUGCAUCUGACGAUAGACAGACUAUAGCCCUCCCCCCAAAUUACCCGCGAAAGCCAGAAGGCUGCACCCUUCAGGAACACACGGAUCUGAAAACAGAGGGCCAUGAGGAGCCUGGUGUGCGUAGCGCAGGCGUUGCUGUUAGGCCUCGUCUGGAUUCACGGCUCACACGCUGCCUGCCAACUGACCGUGCCAAAAGGAUUUUUACAGACGCCUUAUCCGGACGUCAGAAAAAUGUUCCAGUAUGGCUACAAACUGACUGCAGAAGCGAACAACGUAACCGAGAAAAACACGUAUCACGCCACAGAGUACUACGACGCGCAGAAUAAGGAAGGCUACCUCAACGUUUACAGCGGAAACCAACCAAUCGAAGUCUACUACAGCCACCGCUCUAACGAGGCCUUUUUCUACACAGACUCGCACUGCGAAACGUACUCGCUCGACAACCUUCCCAGUGACAUUCAGAAGGUCGCGCUCAAGUGGUCCGACUCCCAGGGCACCUUCACCAUCGUCGGCGUCUCGACGCUCUUCAUGGCCCCACUCGUCAAGAAAGGCGUCAAAACGGCUUUCCAAGGCACAAAUUUUACCGUACGAAGUGUUCCGGCCCUGAAAUGGUCGGUGUGCCUCAGUGACGAUGAUACGCCUAUUGACGUGUACUUCUCCGAUCCCAAACACAGCACUUACGGCAAUAUAUUUCCACUACCUCUGAGAAUCGUCCAAGGCAAAGAGGUUUCCGACAUCAUGAUGAUGCAAGACUACGUCGUCGACGUGGAAGAUAAGUUUAAGAUUCCAGCCGGGCGCGGCUGCGCGCGCAUCAAGACUCCUCUGCCCAAGCCUCCCAGUUUCGCCAACGUCUCAAUUGAGUUCCACUCGGAGCUGAUGUUCAGGAAUUUUCAGAGCUCGUCCGAGUUCUACUACUCUUCGCACUUAGACAUUAUUCGCGACAUUUCCAGCGACCACAUGAGCGCCGUCGUAGAGCCCUGGGCUACAAGUGAGCGCAACGCGCAGAAGACCGAACCAGCUGGCACAUACCAAGAGAUAUACGACUACUACAAUGGCAUUCUGUACAAGAUCGACAAGUCCGGACCACAGGAGAGGUGCACAGUGACCGCUGCGAACCAAUACACGCUGAACGUGACGCUGCCCGGGUUGGGCGACCUCGACAUGCUGAACGUCAUCUUCGUCGACGCGGAGACUCUCAUGAACGCCAGCUACCUGGGAGUUCACACCGUGCGGAAUAUGCCGACGCACGCCUUCGAGCUUCUCAUGGAUGGACUGGAUGGAAGGAUGUCCAAGAUAACGCAGGCGACCAUCACGUACUACUACCUCAAGGAUAACAUGAUCUGGGACCGAGACCUGAGCCACAGAAACAUUCCGGUGAAAAUAACCGCCCGCACGUUCACCGCCUCCCAACUCCAGUUGAAGCCGUUUUACGAGAUCACGCUCAACAUCCACGAUCUGACGACGGUGAUGGAGCGAAUGAACGAGAAGAUGAACGUGCUGUCGUGCUAUAACGAAGACGACCAGUCCUACACGUGGCUCCAAGUCGGCUUCCCAGCGAAGCCGUAUGAAGUGCAAGCGGCCGUGAUGGGAUCGUCUGCUGUGAAGGAGAAGUUUUUGCAGAAGUUAUACGAAGUGGCCGAGCUAACACCGCCCAGAGUCCCACGCGUUCUGGCCGACUUCACGAGCAACAUGGUGUUUAUGACUGCAUUGAUUCUCGAACGCCCAGCUGUCAUCGAGGACUACGUCAAGAAGGACAACUUCGGCUUCAAGACUUCCGACUACACGGAGGCCGUCCUCCCGCUCCAGAACUGUCUCAAGAUAUGCUCCAGCAGCGGCAAAGACUGCACUGCUGUGGCUUACUGCGGUGCGUCAUGCUACACGACUUCGAUGUACAGCGAGGAUGACACGCAUAACCUUGAAAAGUCCGUGGACUGCAACGUUUACGCAAAGACCAAGCUGGGAAUGGCCCGCAAGCUGCCCGUCACUCUGGACGCCGUCCAGAAAGUGGUGCAGGCGGUCGCCGACAACAAGUUCGUCAUUUUCGUUCGAUACCGUGCCUCUGUAUUAGGGGUUUUGACCCUGGCUGCUGAGACUACCGACGAUUCUCUCGGGUCGCUUUCCCAGACGUUCGGCGCCAGUGACCGAGAAACUCGCGAAAGGCACAAGAGAUUCGGCCCGGACGUCCCCGGCUUCGUCACCGCCGCCAAGGGCGUGCGCAUCAGUGCCAGCGCCGCGUCGUCGACGCCCGCGGGCAGGUUCCCGCUGGAGGACUGCGCCGACAUCUGCCGCGACCGCGACGACUGCCAGGCCUUCUCCUCCUGCCUGGUGGACAACGAGUGCGUGCUCAGCACCGAUAGGACGCCCCCUGGCGCAGCCACGGAGAAACAAACCAUGUGCGCCAUCUUCUCCAAGACGUACACGAACAGCUUCAACGAGUUCGAAGGCAUGUCCCUGGACAUGAAGGCGAGGAAGUUCGUCGACGUUCCGGCCGACGAGGACUGCGCGCGGCUCUGCCUGUCCGAGGCCGAGUUCGAGUGCAAGUCAUUCGACUACUGCACCAUGACCCGGGACCCGGCCACCGUGUGCAGGCUGCACGACACCCACCUGCGCGAGUACGGCGACCCCGCCAAGCUGGACGCCAAAAACGCCGAGAAGUGCUUCCAUUACUCGAAGAAAUACCUGUACGACUUCAAGAAGAUGAAGAACCAACGCAUCACCGACCGCCAGCAGUUCACCGCGAUCAGCCAGGUGUCGGCCGAGGAGUGUGCCCGCCAGUGCUGGGAGGCCACGUUCGACUGCAAGGACUUCGACUUCUGCUUCGCCUCCGGCAAGCAGAACAUGGGCGUCGGCACCUGCACCAUGUACGCGCACAGUGACGAACCCGUCAAGACCACCAUGUCGCCCGUCUGCUCGACGUACGCCUACACGGGAAACCCUGACCUUAUCAGACCGUCGGAUUACGCACUCAGUUCAUCUCUUCACAGCAACGCUACGGCGGGUGGACUCUCGUUCUUGCUGAUUCUGCUGGGAAUCGGCCUCGGCGCCGCUGGGCUCUUCGCCUACGGCUUCUACAGGUCGCACCGGGCGAACCGGGUCUAGCCCACCUGACUCGCCACCCUCUUCGACGUGGGAAGACACUCAACCCAUCGCAGCAUCUCUGUUCACACGCCCCAUUAUUUAUGCUCUCAUGAGUCGGCGCGCAAAAGAAAGAAAGAAAGAAAGAAAGAAAGAAAGAAAGAAAGAAAGAAAGGAAAAUCUCAUCACUCGUUUUUGCCUGGCGAGCAGCCCACCGAAUGGACAGAGGGACAUCGUCACGUCCGUCCGGGCUUGUCCUACUCUGGGAAACAACAACGACUGUUUAAAAAUGUCUAAACCAGUUUCCGUUUUC